AUGGCAGAAGUAGCUCCUGCCGCCUCGCCGGCCAAAGCAGCCAAGAAGAAGGUUUCCAAACCGAAGAAGGCCGGCCCCAGCGUCAGCGAGCUCAUCGUUCAGACUGUGGCCGCUUCCAAGGACCGGAGCGGCGUGUCUGCGGCCGCCCUCAAGAAGGCUCUGGCCGCCGGAGGCUACGAUGUGGAUAAGAACAAGGCCCGCGUCAAGACCGCCAUCAAGAGUCUGGUGGCGAAGGGGACUCUGGUCCAGACCAAGGGGACCGGGGCCUCCGGAUCCUUCAAGAUGAACAAGAAGGCUGUUGAAACCAAGGCUAAGAAGCCGGUCAAGAAAGCCGCUCCUAAAGCCAAGAAGCCCGCAGCGGCCAAGAAGCCCAAAGCAGCGGCAGCUAAGAAGCCAGCAGCCGCUAACAAGUCCCCAAAGAAGGCCAAGAAGCCCGCAGCGGCCAAGAAAGCAGCCAAGAGCCCUAAGAAGGCCACAAAGAGCCCCAAAAAGGCGACCAAGAGCCCCAAGAAAGUGGUCAAAAAGGCCCCUGCAGCCAAGAAAGCCCCCGCGAAGAAGGCUGCCAAGCCCAAAGUGAAGAAGGCAGCCCCCAAGAAGAAGUGAGCUGUAGUCCGUCUCAUCAACAAACGGCUCUUUUAAGCGCCACCACA